AUGGCCUCUGGCAGCAGCGGCCUCGCCGCCGCCUGCCUCCUGUCUCGCGCCUUCCUCUUGCAACAGAAUGGAAUUCGGCAUUGCUCUUAUACAACCUCCAGGAAGCAUCUCUAUGUUGAUAAAAAUACUAAGAUUAUUUUCCAGGGUUUCACUGAAGGCAUCACAUUGGUUGGUGAAAUUGGUGGUAAUGCCGAAGAAAAUGCUGCAGAAUUUUUGAAGCAACAUAAUUCAGGUCCCAAGGCCAAGCCUGCGGUGUCCUUCAUUGCUGGUUUAACUGCUCCUCCCGGCAGAAGACUGGGUCGCGCAGGGGCAAUCAUUGCUGGAGGAAAAGGUGGGGCCGAAGAGAAGAUCGCAGCCCUGCAGAGCGCUGGGGUUGUGGUCAGCAUGUCCCCGGCACAGCUGGGAACCAGCAUCUACAAGGAGUUUGAAAAGAGGAAGAUGCUCUGA